GUUCGGAACGCGCCUCGUGCCCAACCGCUGCUGCUGGCCACCGUGCCGCACCGCUCUCCGCCGCCGCUGCUCGCGCUGCCGAGCGCGCGCCGCCCUGGUGAAAGUGUGGCUACUUUCGGCGAGAAAGGAUAACGCACGGGAAAUGAACGUCGACGGUUGCUGGCGCUCUUGCUCCUGCACAUGAGUCGUGGUGGUGGUGUUGGAGGAGAAGGAGGUGUGGCGAAAAGUGUGGCCAGUCCUAUGGAACAAGAAGUGCGGCCGGUGCAGGGCUGAGACUUGAGCAUCAACGGAGAGGGUUCGCUGAACAAACGGAAAAAAUUUGUCCGAGAUGCCAGACUUGAUUACGCUCGGUUUUUCUAACCGGCGUUACUUGCCGAUGUACCUGUCCAAUGAGAGCUACACCAUCGAGAUGCAAGAGCGCGAGUGUCCUCUGGACACUCCGCUGGACACCAUCUCUUUGGACUCUGGCGAAGAGGACAACGACGACCGCGAGGAAGGAAGGGCGCGUCUCUGCUCGCGGCGCCUCACCUUUCUGCUCACCUGCCUGGCGCCCAGCGCUGACAUCAUCAACAUUUGGAGGUACCCUUACAUCGCCUACAAGCACGGAGGUGUCGUGCUAGUUCCGUGCAUAAUCCUUUUCGUGCUGGUGGGAUUCCCGCUCUAUUACCUGGAACAGACCAUCGGGCGGCUGCACGCCAACAAAAAGGGCGGCGGACAAUGCCUGGGGCAUCUCGUGCCUAUCUUCAAGGGCGUGGGGUACGCCUACUCCAGCCUGCUGGCGCUGAUGUCCGUCUACUACAUGGCCAUCCUGACGUGGGUGUUGCUGUACCUGUUCUCCUCGAUGCAGGAGACACUUCCGUGGAGCCACUGCGGCAACGAGACCGUCGUAAAGGGCUGUCCUAGCACCGGUCGACCAAUGUUCCAUCCAUGCAUCCCGACAAACGUCACAGGAAACGGAAGCGACGCCGAUCUCGUCUGGGUCCGGGCACCAAGCGAGGUUUACUUUCAUGAAGUAGUGACCAAGUUGACGUCCGAAGUCCACUCCUUGGGAACUGUGUCGUGGCCCCUGUUGCUGUGCCUGCUGGGAGGAUGGAUCGUUACUUAUCUAAAUGUCAUUCGGGGCAAGAUAUCAUUCCGGAAGACGGCCAUUUUACCUGCCAUAGUGCUAAUACUGUUUAUGUGCGCAAUUUUCGGAACCAUCACCAGUGAUCCCGGCUUCUUGAAUGGACUCCACUACUUCUUCUCCUUUGAAUGGAAAACCCUGAGGAAGCCUGACGUGUGGAACGACGCUGCGGCUCAAGUGGCUCUGAGCCUUUGUACUGGAACAAGCCUGCUUCAGCUACUGGGCCGACGUGGCAGCAAGUACCGUGGUCUCGUGCAUGAUGCGGUCAUCGUGGUACUCGUCAACAUCGUCGUGUCGUUCUUCAGUGGCGUUGUGGUUUUCUCCUGCCUGGGAUUCGUCUCCAAGGCCAUCAACAGAACGUGCAUCAAAUUCUUGCAGGAAGGGUUCGGCACGUUGUUCGCGGUGAUUCCCGCUGCACUGGCCAGCCUUCCGGGCUCGGUUGUAUGCUCGAUCCUAUUCUUCGCGCUGCUGGCCCUCCUCUGCCUUGGCCGCAUGGAGCAGAUGAUGCUGGCUCUGCUCACCUGUCUGCUCGACAAGUUCUCCAGCGCCCAGAUCCGCAAGCGCUACUGCCUCUUCGUACUCGGCGUGUGUGGUGUGAUGUUCGCCGCGGGUGUUGUGUUCACCACUCCCGCUGGUAUUCACAUCUUGGCGGUGAUGGACGCUUAUGUGUUCUCGUGGACGGCGUUAAUGCUGGGCUUCCUUGAAUGCGUCGUCAUAACUUGGAUCUAUGGAUUCAAGCAGUUUGCUGAAGACGUUGACACAAUUCUUCAGCAAACACUCGGGAGAGGAUGGAUGGUGAUCUGGUCAUUCGUCACUCCUGGUAUUAUUCUGGUCACAUUGGUGUUCACCAUAUUUGGAAGUCCAGACAUUUCAUCUGGCCUCUUCAAGAACUCAUUCUGGGGACCCAUACUAGGGUGGACCCUCUUCGCUAUAGUCAUCUGCCAUAUUCCGGGAUACGUUAUUUACAAAACCGUCUACACGGGCUGCUACAGGGACGGAAACCGAUGGGACGAGUUCAAGAGCUUGGUGAAGCCCGUGCCCCUGUGCACCAAGGUGAUGAAGGCAGACAAGAACGCCAAGGCUGGCAAAGAAGCCGCGCCGGCUCCGCGCAUACUCGUCAUUCGCAAGAACGAGGCCAACCAGCAAGGACAGCUGUACAUUCCGUACGGUUUCGUCGUCUGCCCGGAGAAGAGUCCCAAGGUGAAAGGGGCCACCCACCCGAACAAGCUCGUCUUCUCGUUUCCGGACGUCGACCAGUCGUACAGCUUGACGGACAGUAACGUGACUCGACUGAUGCCGCCACCGCGGUGCGACGAGAUCUUCUUCUACACGCCGCAGAUGUCGCAAAUGCGCAAGAAGCUGCAGCUCGGCUCCAUGGAGCAGAUUCCUCAGUCUCCAUCCAGCUCGUCGACGCAUGAGCUGUCGGAAAGCUCCAGUUCGGACCAAUCGGACGCUCCCAAGAAGGAUGAAUCGCAUGGCCGUCGCGUGAGCCUCGUGUUUACGACGGGCGACUCACCUGACGACCGCAUCGUGCUUUCUCCGUCAUCGCUUUCCAAAUGCUCCGAGAGUCCCGAGGAAGGCGAGGCCGUCUCGGAAAACGUGAGCGUCGGUGGAGGAGCCCGAGCUCGCUGCAAACGCCGUUCUUCACUCGGCGUGCUCAGGACGAGUGAACGGAGAGACUCCGAGUCCCUCAAGACGUCCCAUGUCUGACACCUGUGCUUGUGGACUUGAGGCAGUGUUGGUGCUCUCAGACAGCGUCAUACGCUCCAGCGUGUAACUACGGCCCUUGUACCUGUUUAAGAUUGGACUCGCCAGCUCGGGCUGUGCCCAAGUGCCGAACGUUUGAACGCGUCACAGUUGUGCCAUAUUGGAUACCGCGUGCGGGUAGUCUUUUUGAUUGCAGCUUGCAGAUUGGACAUUGCAGAUUGGACAUCCAUAUGAUGUUCUGUAGGCAAUUAUGUUCUGAAGAGGUGCAAUUUUCGAACAUUCAUCACUUCUAUGCCUGUAAGGCCGCCAGUGCACGGUGACACUUUCGGAGGACAUAUUGAGGUAGCAAACCGUGUUUCGUGCCACUCUAAGAUGUUCUGCUCACCAAGCUACCUUGACCUGUUGAAGUACUUUCAGUAGGCAGCUAUCCGAAACUGCUGCAUUUCAGUACUUCCAGAGAGCUAAAAGAACAAAACGUGACGAAAUGACCACCGUGGCCGGGUAUAUUAUUUUUUAGGGUUAUAUGUACGCCUUGAUGCCUCUACGACAAGGUGAAGCAGAAUAUUCGCGACAUCAGCGUUAUGGUACUACAGCGUAGCAUCGUGGUGCAAUAGACACACCACGUAGCUGUACCUAUUGUGUGGC